ACUAAACAAUCUGGGUUUGAGUCCUUGGACUGUAGUAGUUUUUUUUUUUUUUUUUUUUCUUGAGGAUUUGGAAUGUUUGACUUUGUCCCAGAUCAAGACCAAGAUCCAGGCUUUCAUUGAUGUCAUAGACAUUUGGACUUGUACAGAUUCAUUUGUCUCAGCAGUGACAUUCAUAUCUGAGGCUCAGAGAUGCCUGGGAGGAGCUUCUGGAGACACGAGGGUAGUGGACACAGGUCUCUGGUAAUGCAGAUAUAUUUGCAGGAGACAGUCUCUUUUAUAUCCUGGUCCUUAAGGUGAGGCUUGGACUCUAACCAGCUGACCUGAGGCUGUUACUGGAAGUCUUUGGUACUGGGUUACGGAUGCAGUGAGGGAGCCUCGGCUCUGACGUUUCAGCCACGUGGCAUGUUUAUCUGGCUGUGACCCAGCACACAGUGGAGACUUUAAUUCUUUUAUAAAACUAUUUUCCUGUCAUCAGUCAAGUGUUUCUUGGGUCUUCUCCCCACAGCACUUCUGGUCUUUAACUAAAAUAGUCUGCUACUCUUCAGAAUGUCUGCUGUUAAAUCUUUUGAUUUUAUUUUUCUUCCCCAGCUACACUCUCAAAAAUCAGUAAAGAUGGAAGUUAAAGCAGCUGGAGGUCCAAGAAGAGUCGCAUUUGGGGAGCUCACAAACUGUCAUCCUCCAGCAGGCAACACAAAGAGAGCACCAACCAAAGCAUGUGGUGUCCAAAAAGUCAAACCCACUCUGGUCCAGAUCCAAGCCCCUGCAGACCCUCUCCCCCUGGUCUCUGAGGACUCGGCUGACGUGUCCAUGAAGGAGGAGGCGGAGCUUUGCCAGGCCUUCUCCAACACUCUGCUCACAGUGGAGGACGUGGACGAGCAGGACGCCGACAUGCCACAACUCUGCUCUGAAUACGUUAAAGAUAUCUACACUUAUCUGCACGCUCUCGAGGUGCAGCAGUCUGUGAGACCCAGAUACUUGCAGGGUUAUGAAAUCACAGGCUCCAUGAGGGCGCUGCUGAUCGACUGGCUGGUCCAGGUCCACUCCAGGUUCCAGCUGCUCCAAGAGACUCUUUACCUCACCGUCGCCAUCCUGGAUCGCUUUCUCCAGGUGCAGCCGGUGACCCGCAAAAAGCUGCAGCUUGCUGGUGUGACUGCCAUGCUGGUGGCCUCCAAGUAUGAGGAGAUGUACAGCCCAGAGGUGGGAGAUUUUGCCUACAUCACAGACAAUGCUUUCACAAAGUCUCAGAUUCUGGAGAUGGAGCAGAUGAUUUUGAAGACCUUGAAGUUUGACCUGGGCCGUCCUCUUCCUUUGCACUUCCUCAGGAGGGCGUCCAAGGUGGCAAACUGUGAUGUUGAGAAACACACUCUGGCCAAGUAUCUGAUGGAGCUGACCCUCCUCGACUACGACAUGGCUCACUAUCACCCUUCUGAGGUCGCCGCUGCAUCUCUGUGCCUCGCUCAGCUGCUGCUUGAUGGCCAGCCGUGGUCGGAGACACAGCGGCACUACUCCACUUAUGACGACGCCCACCUGAAGCCGGUCGUGCAGCACAUCGCUAAAAAUGUGGUGACUGUAAACGAGGGCAAAACAAAGUUCAAGGCAGUCAGGAACAAAUACUCGAGCAGCAAGCUGCUGAAAGUCAGCCUCCUCCCUCAGCUGAAGUCCUCGGUCAUGAAGCACAUGGCGGCCGUGGCCCUGAACAGCCCCUGAGUCGCACUCUGCGUUGCCUUCACUUGCACUUUAUUUUAGGACCACCUGUGGUGGCAGCUUCUGAUUUUUAGAAACAUUUUAGCAGUUUGACCUUCGUGGCCUCAACUUGACUGUUUGUGGUUGCAGAUGAGCUGAUCAGGUUUUAGUGCCAUUCUGAGCAAAAUCCUUUUUUUUUUUCUUUUUUGAUAAAGUAAAUUGAAAUGCUUCUUAUUUUAUAAGUUGUGCAUUCAGGCCUUUUUCAGGUGCUUGUGAACAUCUGAGCCCUUGGCUGGAC